GAGAAGAUCUGCCAGACUCGAAGUGCGUUUCACGCGCUGAAUGCUGACACGCUCAACGCCAUGGUUCUGAGGCGCUUGGCUGCGUGCUGCUGCGGUAGCGAGGAGGAUCCGGACGUGCCGGUGCCCCGCAGAGUCCGGAAGCCCAUUCUGCCGUUGGACCGUGUACCUGCUGCACCUGCAAAGACCCUGGAGGAGCUCGCGAAACGCUUCGACCUGCAGCUGGCACCGCCAGGCUCGGAAACUCCAGUGGCCGUUGCCAGCAAAAGCUUUGAGAGGAAUUCUUCCAGGCUCCUGCUGGUACUCCCAGGGCCAGGCGAUGCAGGUGUCUGGGAUGCGCACCUGGGAGAGCAUGGCAGCACUGAGCCGAUGCUGAUGUGGGCGGAGGCCAACGAUUAUGCGUGUGCCUACUUCGGUCACGAGGCCUUUUGCACCUCGCCAGUGGAGGCUUGGGAUCGGGUGGUGCGGGGCAGCCCCGCUCGGUUCGUGACGGUGGUCGUGGGUGCUGGGAUGCUGCAAUACCUGCAGCAGGCCCUGAAGAAUGUGCAUCCGCUGCUGUUCUCCCGCUUUCGGACCAUUUGCGUGUUUGGCUCGGACACCACGGAGGACUUCGAUUCCUUGCCUCAGGAGCUGAGGAGUCAUUUCAAGGCAUCGAUUGUCACGGUGCCUUUCACCUGGCAGAAGCUGGAGUUGCAGGUGGCUUACCAGUUCCUCCACGAGCUUUUCCGAGACAAGGAGGACAUGUGGCACACCUUGGAGCUCAAGAAGUUUGCGGGCUUCCAGGCUCUGAAGGAGAACGACUUGCCGGGCCUUCGGCGCAUAGGGUUGGACGAGCGGGUGAAGCGCCUGGAUCGGGACCGCAACAACGAUGAGCUGGCGCAGCUGCUGCAAAAGCACGAGGAGGCCAGGCGCAAGCCUGAGGCCAAGAUCGACAACAGCGAUGACGAGCCUGGGGUGGACUGAGCGAAGUAUUGUUUGGCAAAGAUCCCACCAGGUUCUUUGCUUGAUGCAUCAUGAGGCGUCCAAAGCAAGUCCAAUGUUUGGGACCAAGCCGCGGCUGAAUGUGGGCUGCCUUGAGUUUUCCUUGGAUUCAACUCCAUACAUUGUGACACCUGCACGAGCAGUCGUGUCACAC